AUGUAUUACAAAGGCAGUGUUCCGGAAGCUGAAAGAAGCCCGAAGAUUCAAACCGCAUUUAGUGCUGGAGAUUCAACAGAAAAAGUUGAUCAAAAUCCAAAGAGCAGCAGUGGUUUCUUUUCAUUUCCAAGCAUCAAUCCUAAAGAUACUACAUCAAGUUUACAUUCUCAAAGCACAAAAACUGGAAAUGGUUAUGAGAAGGUGCAGUACUAUGACGUUGCGACAGAACAACGAGCAAAGUUUGAGAAAGCUUCGGCAGACUAUGCUAAGAGAAAGGAAAAUGGGGAACAUGACGAGUUUGAUGAGGAUUCAGACUCAUAUUAUGAUCGAUGA